AUGGUGAAUAAAGAAGAUAUCGAAGAUGAUAUGAUUAAUGAAGUCGCACCAAAGGCUUUAGAUGAAGGUGAUAUUGCUUUAUUAAAGUCUUAUGGUGUUGGACCAUACACAAAAUCAAUAAAAGAUUUGGAAGAUGAUAUUAAAAAGAUGACUGCAAAAGUUAAUGAGAUUUGUGGUAUUAAAGAAUCAGAUACAGGUAUUGCACCACCAAGUCAAUGGGAUUUAGUUGUAGAUAAGACUUCAAUCAAUGAAGAACCACCUUUGCAAGUUGCAAGAUGUACAAAAAUUAUUAAUCCAGGAACACAAAAUGCUAAAUAUAUUAUUACAGUUAAACAAAUUGCAAAGUUUGUUGUAGCUUUGGGUGAUAAACUUUCUCCAACUGAUGUUGAAGAAGGUAUUAGAGUUGGUGUUGAUAGAAAUAAAUAUCAAAUUCAAAUACCAUUACCACCAAAGAUUGAUGCAUCAGUAACAAUGAUGCAAGUAGAAGAGAAACCAGAUAUUACAUACAAAGAUGUUGGUGGAUGUAAAGAACAAAUCGAAAAGUUGAGAGAAGUCGUAGAAAUGCCAUUGUUGCAUCCAGAAAAGUUUGUCAAUCUCGGUAUCGAUCCACCAAAGGGUACCGGAAAGACAUUGUGUGCUCGUGCCGUUGCCAACCGUACCGACGCUGCAUUUGUACGUGUCAUUGGUAGUGAAUUGGUGCAAAAGUAUGUUGGUGAAGGUGCACGUAUGGUACGUGAUCUCUUCCAAAUGGCUCGUUCCAAAAAGGCUUGUAUUAUCUUUUUCGAUGAAGUCGAUGCUAUCGGUGGUGCCCGUUUCGAUGAUGGUGCCGGUGGUGACAAUGAAGUACAACGUACAAUGCUCGAGUUGAUCAAUCAAUUGGAUGGUUUUGAUCCACGUGGUAACAUCAAGGUUCUCAUGGCCACCAAUCGUCCAGAUACCCUCGAUCCUGCCCUUCUCCGUCCAGGUCGUCUCGAUAGAAAGGUAGAGUUUGGUUUGCCAGACCUCGAAGGUCGUGCUCACAUUUUCACCAUCCACGCAAAGACAAUGAGCUGUUCUCGUGAUAUUCGUUUCGAACUUUUGGCUCGUCUCUGUCCAAACUCUACAGGUGCCGAUAUUCGUUCCGUUUGUACAGAAGCCGGUAUGUUUGCCAUUCGUGCUCGUAGAAAGAUCGUCACUGAAAAGGAUUUCCUCGAAGCUAUCGACAAGGUUAUUAAAUCUUAUGCUAAAUUCUCUGCUACUCCAAAGUAUAUGGUUUACAACUAA